UUUGUGGUCCUCAUUUUUUUCUAACAUCAAUGAGAAAUCAUGAUAUCACACUGUGAGUGACAUCUCCAUGUGGAUCACUUUUUUAUGCUACGUGCUUUUAUUUUUUAAUAACAGAUAACAAGUGGAUUUAGGCUUUGCUCCUCUCAAAGCCGGCGUUCAUCUUGUAGCUGCUCUUGGGAUGGCUAUCAACUGGCUUGGGCUCCUGGCAAUAGGGGUAUUUUACAUUUUUGUUAUAGCCAUUGGCAUCUGGGCAUCAAGAAAGUCCAAACUUGAAGUGAAAAAAUGCACAGGGAGACAAAGUGAAGUUACGAUGGUUGGUGGAAGAAACUUAAAUAUCUGGGUCAGCAUGUUUACCAUGACAGCCACCUGGGUUUCAGGUGGCUUUAUUUUGGGCACUGCUGAACUAGUCUAUGACCCGACCAAGGGGCUGUUGUGGGCAGUUGGACCUGUUGCCUUCGCGAUGAACAUGAUUAUUGGUGGAUUGUUUUUUGUUACUCCAAUGAGGUCAAAGAACUAUGUAACACUGAUGGACCCAUUUCAGGAGAAGUACGGCAACACAAUAGCUGCUGUACUGUUCAUUCCUAUUCUUCUGGCAGAUAUUUUCUGGGCGGCCUGUAUUCUAGGUGCUCUUGGUGCAACCGUGAGUGUGAUUACGGACAUCUCCAGAUACUGGUCUGUCUUCAUCUCUGCUGUUGUGGCCAUUGUUUACACAGUGUUGGGUGGACUCUAUUCUGUGGCCUAUACUGACGUCAUACAACUCAUGUUUAUGUUUUUUGGUUUGUGGCUCUGUGUACCUUUUAUCCUGUCAAGUCCCUACUUCAACACCAUCACAGAGUCUGCAGUGAACAGAAUAUACCAGGAACCAUGGAUUGGUCAAAUAAAAAUGGAAGAUAUAGGUUCCUGGGUGGAUAAUGUGCUACUACUAUCCAUUUCAGGGAUGUGUUAUCAGGCUUUCUACCAGAGAGUUCUCUCCGCUGCCUCUGAUGCUCAGGCUAAACUCACUUGUUUUGUGGGAGCAGUGUUGUGCCCAAUUCUUGGAAUCCCAUCUGUCCUGGUUGGAGCUGUGGCUGCAUCCACAGAUUGGAACCAGACUUCCUUUGGGGGGCCCAGUCCUUAUGAACAGGGCUUGGCUGGCCUCAUCUUACCCAUAGCUCUACAGCAUCUGUGUCCUUUCUUUGUCUCUCUGGUUGGUAUGGGCGCACUAGCUGCUGCAGUCAUGUCCUCAGUGGAUUCUGUUCUUCUGUCAGCUGCCUCACAAAUUGCCAGAAAUAUUUACAAGAACAUCCUCUAUAAAAAGGCCUCGGAAAAGAGCAUAAUGGUGGUAAUCAGAGUAUCCAUUAUCCUGUGUGGCCUGUUGGGGGCACUGCUGGGCACAAUAUCCACUUCUGUGGUUCUGUUUUGGAUUGCCACUUCAGAUCUCCUAUACUCAAUAAUGACGCCCCAGGUCAUUUGCACCCUAUUUCUGCCCCAUUGGGUGAACCACUACGGGGCCUGCUCUGGUUUUGUGUCGGGACUCCUCCUGCGAGCUCUGGUCGGGGAGCCACUGCUGGGUCUGCCCUCUGUGCUCCCUCUGCCCUGGGACAAAAUUUUGGAGGACGGACAAAAACAACAUGUGGUUCCUUUCCGCACAGCAAUAGUUAUAAUCACCUUUGCAACAAUUCUUCUUGUGUCGCAGAUAAGUAGAUGGCUGUCUGCUAAAGGCCUUUUAGGUGGAAUAUGUGUAACAAACUCUGAUCUGAAUGGCAUGAAAAGAAUUCCAACUGAUGACAAAAUUCAAGAACCUUCCCUCUGAAGAAAACUCCCAUGGAUUGCAAAUUAUAUGUUAACUAUAUUUUUGUCACUAAGAGAAAAUUUACUUGUUUUUUGGAACAACAGAACGUCUCUGUGUGUAUUUGGCAGUCAUGCUGCUGCUGUAAUGACAUAAGA